AUGAAUCGCUUUGGGGAAGUAGUGAGCGAAGGGCGCAGGCACGGUCCUUUGUCCCGCAGGGUGGUGAAGGCUUCUAGGCUACAGGAACUUCUGCACUAUUUGGCUGGCACCAACUCCAAGACAAUGGGCAACCAGCCCACUUCCACCCUCCAACAGGGGCAAGCAGCAGGGGAGACCAGCGGCAGGGGGUUCCAGUGGUCCAGCGGGCCUCAGGUGACCAUUGCCAAGGACACACCUCCAGAAUUUCUAAUCAAGCUAGCAAAGAUCCUGGUGUGGAAAUCGCUGGCUGAGGAAAAUGUUGACGGCAUUACAAGGAAUGUCUUCAUUAAGUACGUGACUAAGUACAGUGAGCCUCUUGGAAAACGGCUGUUCCAGUAUUUGAUGAAGCACUGGCAGAAAGAAGCAGGUGGUUCCCCAACCACCUCUGAGGGAGAGCAGUGUACUGUGGACAAAGGUGAUGUCCUCUCCAGUGCUGCCUUCAUAGCUGCCUCUAAUCACUUGAUGGCUCUCCACACUGACUCCCAACAGAUGGAGUUUUAUAUAAAAUUGUAUGCAGGAGACCAAGAGAAAAUUAGUAAAGGUGAUGUAUUUGAUUUGAUCUCCGCUGCCCAUCAAGUUUCCACCUGCAGCCAGCACACGUGUUGCGUGCCUGAUGACAUCCUGAUGGCAGUAGUCCGUGGUGCAAUGCACGGCAAGGAAAGCAUCAACACUAAGUACCUACACAGCUGGUUGUGUCAGCACUGCCCCCGCCUACUGAUGUGGCUCCACCGCAACAUCAUGCACACACUGACAGUAGGCCACCGCACCAUCCCUGACAAUACAGAGGAGGCGGAGGAUGACCGGGACACCCCUAUCUUGGACUGUCCGGGUAAGUCAACUUGUGUGAGCCUCCACCCUGCCCUCAUAUGGCUACUGACUUGCUCCCUGCCCCUCCUGUAUACCAAGCCAGAGAAGAACAGGGCCCAUCCCUCCUCCAACAAUCUCCUCCUUGACCCUCAUGUUUUCAUCGAUAAAAUGGUCCUGGCUGUGAGUCCCACACACUGGGUCCCUCUGUACAACAGUGAUGAGCAUGGUCUCAGCAUUAACAGGUUGCAGCAUCAUGUGUUUGGCUACCAUGGUGCCACUCUCAUGUUCAUCACAACAGAAGGUGACAACAUGUUCUGUGUGGCAAGUGACCAGGAGUGGCGGGACUCCAAACACUUUUGGGGUGGUGAGCAAGCCCUCUGUCUGCAUCUCACUCCUGAGUACAAGAUUGUUGAAAGUGGUGCCAAGAUCCUUUAUUUCAAUGUGACAUCUCGUGGCUUCCCAACUGGGUUACAAGUAGGCACAGACAGUACCAAUCGAGCUCUCACCCUGGACCUCAACCUCACACUGGUCACCUACCGAAAGAUCCCCUACAAGCUGAAGUCACUGGAGGUGUGGGGCUGCAGCACCUCAGAAGCAAAGGAAGCACAGCAAGAACUUAAGAAGAGGGAAGUGAAGGAUGUUGAAAGUCGCCGCAAGGUCAAGGUGAACAGUUCAGACUGGCUAGACAAUCCUGACCGCUACCUGAUUGAGUUGGCCGGCACCAGGCUGAGUUAUGCCCAGUAUGACAAUCCUCCGCCAGAGGCCUCAGGAAGCAAGUGAAGUGUUAGUCUGUAUUAACAACAUCCUAGUCCACCAAAGGAGUUUAUGUGGACUAACUGGCCUCAAGAGGUAUAAGAUGUGUCAGCUUGAUAUAUUCCUUAUAAUUUUUGAGAGACAGUAGACCUCUAGAAAUACAGUAGCCAUUCUCUUGACCAUCAUUACAUAUACACACUGAUUUGGCCACUUAGUUACUAUAACUGUGCCUAACCAACAAUCCCUUCAAUCAUUUAAUGAUUUUUGUACUCCACAACAUGCAUGCCAUUGAUCUCUAGGAACUUUGCAGACAUGUUGCCUUUAUGAUUUUGUUCCUGAAGACUUGUAUGAUUUGAAUAUCCUGUCAAUGACUUCUCUAAAUACAAUGGAAAAUGUCUUUAUAUUGAGGAAACUGAUGAUGUGGAUCACUCAAGGUUGAAUUAAGUCCGAAUAUUACAGUGUUUAGACUUUGUAACAUGCAUAAUUGGAAAAAAUCAUGACAUCAUCUGUGAGAAAUCUAAUAUUAUGAGUUUUUCAAUUGUGUAGUUGUAAAAGCUUGUGCAUUCAUGAAGAGUGGUGGCAGGUGACAAGUGAGUUUAAUGUGAUGAGUUUUAGCAGCAUUGCAUGUGGAAACUGUCAUGUCAAGCUUAAGAGAUGAGAAAAAAAAAGAUUGCUCUUCUGUGAUUACAAAGUGAAUGAUAUCUUAAUUACUCAACUAGUCCAUGCCUUUUAGAUUACACAGCAUGGAGAAGUGAGCAGCUACUGUAUACAAAAAGAUUCCAAGUUACUCAGUAUAGUUCAUAUUUGAAUCUAUUAAUUUUUUUUUUUUUUUGUAAAAUGACUCAGAAAAUAGCUGUGACAUUUCAGUAUAUCCUUUCUGAGUAAAUCUGUAGUGACCUGUCACUGCCUGUUGUGGUUGAACUGCAGCAGGAUGAGUGAUGUAGCAGUGAUAGGGCAGUAAGAUUUGCCAGCUGGUCUUUAGUGAUGGACAUAGAACUGAAAACUUAGAGGUCACAAGAGAACACUCGGGAUUUCCAACUUGGCUGUGGCAAUUAAUGUUGAAUUUUGACACAUUUAGUUAUUUGUAAUGUUUAUUUGCUUGACAUUUUCAUUCCUAGACCAUAGUGCCAAAUGACUAAUGAUAUCUGGCACAUUGUACUCUGUCCAUUACUUAAUUACUGGGUUUUUAUAUUCAUGGAGGUGCAGUAUUUAUUCAUGGCUUGGUAAUUCAGAUGUGAUUGGUAACUAACCCAGUAUUGUGGAAAAUUGAGAUUAGAAUUCAUCUCUUUAGUUUUAAAGGAUCUGAGGUGAGAAGACCAAGCGUGUAGUCUAUUGGAAUAGUAAUUAGUAAAUAAACAGCCAUGAGCUGGUCUUUUUGAGAUGAACAUGAGACCCUACCUGUUAAGGGUUUACUAGCCACUGUGACACACCUUUAAUGGCAUCAAAGGAAAGUAAUGAAUGGAAAAUAUGAGUUAGGAUGUCAGUUAUAAAAAGUUUCUUUUACCUAAUUAACUCUUUUGCACAUGCUCUUCAUUAGAGUUGAGGAUAAGAGUUGGAAGGUACAAAAGUAACUCAUGUUAUGGCAGUAAUCUGAUGUCAUCUCAAGUUGUGAAAAUCAAAGAAAGAUGGUUUUGUAUAGUAUAAAAAAAUAGAGGAAGAGGCCUCAAUAUGUAGCAUUAUAAAAUAGACGACCACUUGUGGCCACAUUUUUCCUUUAUAAAGUUUGGACAUUUCAUUGAUACAUUAUACCCUGUAAAUAACAUGGGCAGGGUUCUCAGGUUCCACCAAUCAAGGUAAUGAUUAGCAAAGUUGAAACACUGUAGUGGCCUUAUCGGUUCCUUCUUUAUGCCUUCUAUCUAAACAAAUUUUUGGUUUUUACAUCUUUGUUCUUGUUUGUUAUGGAUUUAAGUGCUUUAAAUUAUAUAUAUAUAUAUAU